CCACCAGUAAGCCCACCAGAGCCUCUAACCCACCCACCAGUAAGCCCACCAGAGCCUCUAACCCACCCACCAGUAAGCCCACCAGAGCCUGUUACCCACCCACCAGUAAGCCCACCGGACCCUGUAACCCACCCACCAGUAAGCCCACCGAACACUACAACUAUUCCACCACCAAGCCCACCACCUCCUGUAUCCCAGCUGCCCACAUUCUCUCCAGACCCUGAGAGCCAACUGCUAGAUGUCCCAAGAGCUCCAGCAUCAGUACCAGCAUGUCCACCAUCACCCUCAGCAUCUAAGCCACAAGCUGUAGCUGAGAAAUAUGUUAAAGAUGCUUGGGCUGGACAGACCGCCCAUGUACUCCUUUCAAAAGUGGGGGCCUAUAAGCUCUUCUACUGGGACAUCAAACAGACAGGGCCCCACAUGGAGCUGGAAAGUGAGUCUAUUAAUGCCUUUUUGGCCAUUCUGGUGCGCAGCUACAACCACCAGAACAAGGAAAAGGCUGCAUCCAUCGAUUCCUAUGCCAUGAGCUCAAUGUGGACUGGAAAAACACCAAGACUUAAGAUCCAACCCAUGGAGUAUGAAGUGAUUAUGGGGAUUGUCAAUGAGCAUCACCACUGGACAUUAGUGGUGAUUUAUCCUAGAGAAAAAAAAUCUCUUUUCCUGGAUCCAUUGGGAGAAUCUAAAACUGACAUCAAGAAGUGCUUGGAGAUAACAAGGGGUUUCAUGAGAGCGAAAGGGAUCAGUGUGUCCAGGUGGUCUUGUGACACUGUUCCACAUCCCAAACAAGUCGAUGGGACCUCAUGUGGAGUGUUUGCUUUGACAUUUGCUGAGAAGAUUCUGAAAGGGGAGAGCAUUGAAUUUGAUACAAACACACAAGCUGUGAACAGUCUCAGAUUCACAAUUGCACUUACACUCCUUCAACAGACUGAUGACCUCACCGAUGUUUGCCAUCACUGUGGGGAAGAGGAACACGAGACAAAUGUGGACUGGAUACAGUGUGAUGAUUGUCUCCGAUGGUUCCACCAGGAGUGUGUGGGAAACCCACCAGUGGACGAGGCUUUUCACUGUCCCACUUGCGUUUCUAAAUAAAAAAAACAGCCUUGAAAAGACAUUGUUAUAGGUUGUGAAUGGAGAUUUUGCAUGAAAAACAGUGUAUUUGUGCUGACAUUAAAGUGUACAUAGACCAACUUAAAUGAUGAUUAGAUUGUUUACUGCAGAUAUCAGGAAUGAUCCACAGAGCAAAUAGACAAAAUCUUGUGCUGAUUAUAUUUACCACAUGUCAUAUAGGCA